GGUCAGGUCAGUGGAGCUGUGGCGGGUACAGAGGGAGGACGGGGUGGCCGUGAGCUGGACUCCGGAGUCACCACAGGUCAGGUCAGGGCAGUGAGCACGAAGUGGGCGCCGAACAACGUCUGCAGAAUAGCAUGAGGACGCCAGCUGACUUGCAUCGGGUCAUUUGGAGCGUGAUCGGGUCUCCGCCGACCUUGAACUCGCGUGAUUCAGAGGGUCGCCUCCACUGACGAGUGCCUCGGUGCCCACGCGACUACCCGGUGUGCGACGGAGAACAACUGAAUGAGGUCCACCAAUCAGUCUCCGUUCUGAUUCCCACGAGGAACAAUCGAGCUCUGUCGCGCCAUCUGUUGGCCAACAGGGAAUUUACCGAGUCAGGACAGUGCGGGGUUUGUGAGCCGACACCACCGUUUGCAUUGUGUGGAAGUGCAAGACUAUCGCAAGCGGAUCGUAGAUUGUGCGGGAGGACAAGCGGAAGCAGUUGAAGAACGCCGCCAGAUUUAUGGCCUCCACUUCGCUAUUGGUUCUGCUGUGCGCCAUGGGAGGAGCCGUCUCGCGGCUGGACCAGGAGCCGCCGGCCCGGCCGCCCCAGGAGCAGACGCUGUCGCUGCCCCGGUUCGCCAACAACACCAAGCUGAGGGUGAUAGGUCAGGUCGGCACACCCACCUACCUCACCUGCCAGAUUCACAACCUCGGCGACCGGGCGGUGUCGUGGGUGCGCCAGCGUGACCUGAAGAUUCUGACGGUCGGCAAGUUCACCUACACGUCGGACCACAGGUUCACGGCCGUCCACGCUCCUGGGUCUGAGGAGUGGGUGCUGAAGAUCACCAGUCCACGGAGGGAAGACUCGGGGGUGUACGAAUGCCAGGUGUCUGUCGAGCCCACGAUGAGCCAGCCGUUACAACUCGACGUAGUCGAGUCACGGGCGGUGAUAGACGGUCCGCGAGAGCUGUACCUGAAGCGGGGAAGCAGCAUCAACCUCACCUGCACGGUGAUGGCGGCUCCCGAACCGCCAGAACACAUCUUCUGGCACCUCAACAACAUGGUGAUCAAGUACACGGAGCGGGGCGGUAUUUACGUGGUGACCAACCGGCGGGCCCGCACGUCCACCCUCCUCGUGGCGAGGGCCACCAGCCGGGACUCGGGAAACUACUCGUGUCGGCCGUCGAUGGCCCACAUGGACACAGUACUCGUCCACAUACUGGACGGCGAACACCCAGCGGCGAUGCAGCACGGCAACUCGAACAUCCGGUGCUGCGUGUCGCUGCUGCACCGAACAGUUUUUCUGUUGUUGCUGGCUGUGAUGCGGUAGUGGUCGGCUGAGCUGACGUUGUGCGCGGAGUGCGUCUUCGUGACGAAGAACGUGACGGUGUUGAACGGUGCGUGGACGUUGUCUGUUCGUCGGGGGCUGAAUAAACGUUCAGGUUUUUGGUUGGUGCCAUUGUUCGCGUACUGGGGAUGUUUCAUUAUGGAUGUUAAGAUGUGGCACCGAAACGGACGACGGAAGUUUAAUAUGACAAUGCGGAAAUUGGCCAAAUACAGUACCGGAAACUG